AUGUUCAGUGGCUCCUCGAGCCCACCCAAAGACAAACUUGAAACUAUCCCACACUCUGGUGCCAUCAACACGCCGUCCUUGACUGUGAAGACAGACGACACUACAGUAUCUCAGAAGAAGCUUUCGCCUCCUGGUGGAUUUUUCAAUCGCAGAGCCAGUGAAGAGCAGAAUUCCGGCGCCGAGAAGAAGAGGAGAAGCAGUACCGUCACAAAAGCCCAGUCACUGUUCAAUAACGCCAAAAACUCGUUGAGUUGGAGCUCUCGUGAGAAUUCUGCGAACAAUACUGUCGCCUAUUCUCCACCGAAUCCUCUUCACAGGCUUGGUAGAAUGGACCCAGCUCUAACGGUCCCCCAAGGGUCACUCAACAAUUCUGCUGGCGAAUCGUUACCUACCUCUCGUUCAUCUUUCAGAGUUGGUGUCACCGAGGACCGGAAUCGAAGAUGUCGUCGGACUAUGGAAGAUACCCAUUCCUAUCUCUACAACUUCCUGGGGACACCCGCGCCCUCUGGCCGGGCUGAGGUUAACGGUAGUGGACAGGGUGGGGAUAUCUCUCCGUCCAGCAAAGAUGAAACCAGUGUUAUCGAAACCGACAAUGGUUAUUUUGCAAUCUUCGAUGGACACGCGGGUACAUUUGCCGCUGAAUGGUGUGGCAAGAAGCUCCAUCUUAUCCUGGAGGAGGUUAUGCGGAGGAAUCCGAACACCCCUGUCCCAGAGCUCCUCGAUCAGACCUUCACUUCUGUUGAUCAACAGUUGGAAAAACUGCCAUUGAAGAACAGCGGUUGCACUGCUGUCAUUGCUCUCUUGCGUUGGGAGGACAGAGUUCCUAGUUCUCAUUCUGUAACUGGCUCUUCUGCAUUGGCCCCAGCCGCCGCUUCUGCCACGGAGUCGAAUUCGGAGGCUGAUAAUACCCCGACUCAAGAACAACCUGGGAAUGCUACAUCCGUGCUUCCAAAAUUGCAAGAGAAAGCCGCUCGCCAACGAGUCCUCUACACUGCGAAUGUUGGUGACGCUCGUAUCGUCCUAUGUCGCAGCGGCAAGGCGCUACGCUUGUCUUAUGACCACAAGGGCAGUGAUGAAAACGAAGGGAAACGGAUCGCGAACGCGGGCGGCUUGAUCCUUAAUAAUCGAGUCAACGGAGUUCUCGCGGUGACCCGAGCUCUUGGUGAUACUUAUCUCAAGGAUCUCGUCACCGGUCACCCAUACACGACGGAGACAGUUAUUCAGCCAGAGCAGGAUGAGUUUAUCAUCCUGGCAUGCGAUGGUCUGUGGGAUGUAUGUAGUGACCAAGAAGCGGUAGAUCUGAUACGAAAUAUUCAAGACGCCCAAGAAGCAUCCAAGAUCUUGGUUGACCACGCUCUUGCUCGUUUCAGCACUGAUAAUCUGUCCUGCAUGGUUAUCCGCUUCGACAACAGUCGCGUCAAGGAAGUCGUCGAUCGCGCAGUCGACCCGAUCGGUGUCGAGGGUGACCCCACCACGCAUGCGGGAUAUGGGGUGAGCGAGGCCGACAAGAUUGUCGAAGGUGCUAGAAAGAGUAUGGCCAAUGCGGGACUCACUGACAACCCCGAGAUUGCCGAAAAGGCCAACGAAGAGCUCCUUGAUAAGAUGGCCACCGAUGAGCCGGGGCCUGACGUUCCUAUCGACGAGCAUGACGAGGUUCCUCCUCUGAAAACCCCUCCUGUGAAGAAUGUGACCGGCAGCGCGAGUACAUAG